AUGGGGGCCUGCGCCCUUCUGAGCGAUGCCAACAUCUCAUCUGGCCUUGAGAGCAACACCACAGACAUCACCGCCUUCUCCAUGCCUGGCUGGCAGCUGGCUCUGUGGGCCACAGCCUACCUGGCCCUGGUGCUGGUGGCUGUGACAGGCAAUGCCACAGUCAUCUGGAUCAUCCUGGCCCAUCAGAGGAUGCGCACUGUCACCAACUACUUCAUCGUCAACCUGGCCCUGGCUGACCUGUGCAUGGCCACCUUCAAUGCCACCUUCAACUUCGUCUAUGCCAGCCACAACAUCUGGUACUUCGGCCGCGUCUUCUGCUACUUUCAGAACCUCUUCCCCAUCACAGUCACGUUUGUCAGCAUCUACUCCAUGACAGCCAUCGCCGCUGACAGGUACAUGGCCAUCGUCCAUCCCUUUCAGCCACGGCUCUCGGCCCCCAGCACCAAGGCAGUUAUCGCGGGCAUCUGGCUGGUGGCCCUGGCCCUCGCCUUCCCCCAGUGCUUCUAUUCCACCAUCACCGUGGACCAGGGCGCCACCAAGUGCGUGGUGGCCUGGCCUGAAGACAGCAGGGACAAGUCACUCCUCCAGUACCACCUGGUGGUGAUCGCCCUCAUCUACCUCCUGCCCCUCCUGGUGAUGUUCAUUGCCUACAGCAUCAUUGGCCUCACACUCUGGAGGCGCGCUGUCCCACGACACCAGGUCCACGGUGCCAACCUGCGCCACCUGCAGGCCAAGAAGAAGUUUGUGAAGACCAUGGUGCUGGUGGUGGUGACAUUUGCCAUCUGCUGGCUGCCCUACCACCUCUACUUCAUCCUGGGCAACUUCCGGGAGGACAUCUACUGCCACAAGUUCAUCCAGCAGGUGUACCUGGCGCUCUUCUGGCUGGCCAUGAGCUCCACCAUGUACAACCCCAUCAUCUACUGCAGCCUCAACCACAGGUUCCGCUCUGGAUUCCGCCUUGCUUUCCGGUGCUGCCCGUGGGUCACUCCAACCGAGGAAGAUAAACUAGAGCUGACUCCCACUCCAUCCCUUUCCAUGAGGGUCAAGAGGUGUCACACGAAAGAGAUUUUGCUCAUGGCCGGGGACAUAGCCCCUUCUGAAGUUCCCAGUGGGAAGGCUGGGUGGAGGUCCCCAAGAGGGGAAGCCUGCUGA